AGCUCCAUGCCCAAAGUGAGCACAAAUCAACAAAGAAUCAUCCUUGCCUCAGUCAUGGUGAUUCUCCUGGGCUUCUUCAUAGUUGCCGGUGCUUUGGUAGGAGUUUACCUGACCCAAAAACACACAGAAAAGGUCCUUGACAUGGUCAUCCAGGGAAACAAGGGGGAAGAGGAAGAGCAGACGGCCAUGGUAAAUGAACGGGAGAACGUGGCCGCUUUCCACAUCAAAAGAAAGAAAUCCACAGCCACUGUUGUGUACAACUAUAACCAAGGUCUAAUAGGUCUCAGAAUCACCAACAGUAAAAAAUGUUUCGUGAUGAAGAUGGAUAAACUCAACAUACCAAGCUUGGAUGAAAUUUCCAGAGAUCUCCCACAUUUUAACGCCAAACAGGUCUCUGGAGACAAAAUGUCUUACAACUUCACAGAGGCAGAACCGGCUGACCGUACUACACUGGGAACAACUCUGAAUAUUCUCUGCAGCGACAUCCCCAUCUACUGGGCUCUGCCUCGCAAGAUCCAAGGAAACCGCAGCAGUUCUGCUCCUUUUGGCUCCCCAUGGUGUUUCUUUAGCUCUUUGUGCUUGUGCUUUUGA